AAACAAGUUGACAAGACACUUCUGUCAUCAAAAAACCCAAACGAGUUUCCCAGACUGGCCUGAGGGGGCGCUGCUGUUCCGCGCAGCAGAAAUCCAGCGGGAGAAGAAGAUCAGAAGCUACAACAAUAAUCCAGGUAAAAGCAGCUCCGCGGGGCGAAAAUCUGAGAAAAAACCGAGGAUUAAGGAGAAAAUUCACGGUGUCAGGAUUACAGAAGAAGGAUUAGGAGAAGAAAAGUGGGAAUAAUCGUUCCUGGAGGUUAAUCUGGGCGCCAUGUUGUUUAUUUCUCCAGAUGUUUUGAUGCGCAGACUGUAGCUUGUUUUGACCCCGGCGCUGUUUUUGCUGUUUUUGUUGUUUUUGCUGCUUUUGUUAGUUUUCGGGUUUUCGUGGCUGAGCCCCGGCAGCAGCAGCGGACAUGGAGAGCCUCUACAAGCGGAAAAUGUUCGCCUCCAUGAGGAAGACCAAGGUGGCCGCCUCCAAGAAGCGCCAGAUCGGCCUUCCCGCCUCCAUCCUGGACGACAGCGAUGAAGGCUCGUUCUCCUCCUCCUCCUCCGGGUCCCAGUCGGACUUCCAGAGCUCCCCGGAGGAGGACAGCGAGCAGGCGGACCGGGACUGGAGCGAGUCCGGCGGGAGCUCCAGCGACGACAGCCGCUCGGUGAGCCGCAGGAAGCGCUCCUUCCUGGGCGGCGAUGACAGCUCCUCUUCCUCCAGCCCCGGAGAGGAGGAGGAGGAGGAGGGCCGCAGCCAGCCGCGGAGGAGCAGCCAGCCGCGGAAGAGGAGCCGGCUGCAGAGGCAGGAGGAGUCGGACUCGGAGCAGACGGAGGAGAAGCGGAAGGAGGAGGCGGAGAAGGAGAAGCGGAGGCAGCGGCACAACAAGCUGCUGGCGCUGUCCCGGAGGAUGAAGGCCCGCGUCCCCAACAGGAGGCGGAGCCGCGUCAAGCAGGGUUCUGACGACGAGGACGAGUCCAAAGACGGCGAGGAGAAAAAUGAUGGAGAAAAGAACGGCGGGGAAAAGAACGGCGGGGACAGACAUGGACGACACGGAGCAGAAGGGCGAAGACGACGGACGAAGGACGAGGAAGAGGAGGAGGACGAAGAGGAUGAGAAGGAGUAGCCGGUCCCGGGUCCGAACGUCGGAACCAAAAACUCAAACUGAUUUUCUUCUUCACUGUUUUUCUCCUGGAGUCGACCUUCACGACGGUUGCUAUGGAAACGGACCCAGUCAGGAAGAGGAUGUUGAACAAGUCGGUUCUGAUGAACGUCUGAUUGGAACAGGACCGAUCUGGGUCGGAGGGCUGAGCGGCUCAGUGGUGGAGCUUGAUCGCCGUGACUACACUUCCCAUGAUGCUUUGCGUUACAGAGUCCUGUCCCCCAGGGGAUGGACCGAGACUCCAGAACCGUUUCAGGGUUCUGACCACUUUAGGAAACACUUUCCCGGCUUUUUGGACUCAUUUGGUCCAGAAUCGCAGAACUGGACCUGGAACCAGAACCGGGCCUGGUUCUGUCUGACCGGGUCAUGUGUACAUAAACCCAACUUCCUGUUCCUUUAAUCAAACUGCAGCUCUGCAGGUUUCUGUCUCGGUUCUGGUCAAACAGUGUUUUAGCCCGGUCCAGUUCUGCAGAACCUCGGUACCCGUAUUUUGACACAUUUGGGUUCAGUUUUUAUUUGCAGAGGGGUUUCUGGCCCUCUGGGGUCAAGAGGUCAUGACCCCAGAGUUGUUCGGACAGAUUAAUUUCUGGGUUAUGCUAACGACUUCCUGAUUGACACUCCCAUCCAAUCAGGAUGAGUUGUUUAAGGUGGGAGGAGUUAGAGUGAAUCAUUGAUGACAUCACAGAAGGUUUGAGCCUCAGCCGGCUGUCAGUCAGCCACAUGAACAGAUGUUUGUUGCAGCUGUGAAUGACCAGCUGACCUGGGUUUUUAUCAUUAGUCAGCAUUUAUUUUGAGCUUUUCAUCACUGGUCUUCCUAUGACCUUUAACCCUGAAGCCUCCUCAUCAUCACUGACACUGUGACGGUAUCGCUUCCCAUCGUUAGACUUUCUUCAGACAUAAUUAUGGAAACGUUGCUUCAGUUUCCUAAAGGGUCGCGCGGCGUCGCCCCCUGCGGGUCGCGCGGCGUCGCCCCCUGCGGGUCUCGCGGCGUCGCCCCUGCAGGUCAAGUGUCACAUUGCAGUUUCAAGCUCCAUUUUGUGUUUCUGACUGGAACCAACUGAGAAAAACUCUUAAAGGUGAGAUGUGAGCGUCUUCUGUCGUGUUUUAAAGGUGGAAUAUAAAAGUUUGUAAGAUUUUAGUGAAUCUUCCGGGUCAAACCGACCUGCAGGACGGCAGAUCAGAUCCGAUCAGCUGCAGGAAGUAAAGAAAGAAUAUUUUAAAAAGAACAGAACUGAGUCAUUUAAGGAAGAACCCUAAAAGUACUUAAAGAAAAUGAGUUGGAUCCCAUUUGGUUCUGCUGCUUCUAAAGCUUCUAAUGUCAUAUCAGCUUUAAUAACUAAUGUAAAUACAUCAGAAAUACUCUGUACCUUUCUGUUGGUUUUUGCAGCGCUGCGUUUGUGAGCUCAUUUAAAAACUGGACAAAUCACGUCCCGUACUCCUCGAUUUUCCUUCUCAGUUUCUGAUGUUCCAGUUUGGAGAUUCUUCACAGCUGGAGUCCGUCUACGGAAGCUCGUAGGGACAAACUCACUGAAACAGUUUCUACGCAGGUUGUCAGCAAGUUUACUCUGGUUUUCAGUGUUUCUGUUGCUUAAUAAAAAACGCUUCACACCAAAACA